AUCUUCCUGUCCCAUCUGUAGCAAACACUUAGCUAACGUUAGCUUUCGUCACGAUGCCGCUGUGUUUACUCCUCACACAUUACACCUGGAGGUAGGAAUCCUCUGUGGAAGUAACUAGUAUUGUUAUAUAGUGUAAUACACUGUGAUAUAGGCCCCGCCCAUCUACAGAGGUAAACAAAAUAUCUUCGUCACCUAAACGUGACCGAGCUGCCAUACAGUAGCGUUAGCCAUCGUCAUCCUCCUCGAGUCGUCGCCUGUAGAUGGAAAUAACUCUACUUCGCAAUGAAUUGUCGCUCGGAGGUUCUUGAAGUAACAGUGGAGGCGAGGCAGGUGGAGGAAGCGAUGUUAGCUUUGCUGCACACCAUUUUACUGCAUCGCAGCACCGGGAAAUUUCACUACAAAAAGGAGGGCACCUACUCCAUUGGUACCGUGGGGACACUAGACUUCGACUGCGACUUCAUCGAUUUCACCUUUGUCAGGGUGUCCUCGGAGGAGCUGGACAGAGUGAUCAGGAAAGCUGUGUCUGAAUUCAAGGACGCUUUAGGCAACUCUGGCAGCGAUGGCAUGGGGCAAAUCUCCCUGGAGUUUUACCAGAAGAAGAAGUCUCGCUGGCCUUUCUCUGACGAGUGCAUUCCCUGGGAGGUGUGGAGCAUCAAGGUGAAUGUGGUCAACCUCGCCAAUGAGCAGGAGAGACAGAUCUGUAGGGAGAAAGUGGGAGAGAAGCUGGGCGAGAAGGUGAUCAACGUCGUUGAGGUCAUAAACCGCCAUGAAUACCUGCCAAAGAUGCCCACCCAGUCUGAAGUGGACAAUGUUUUUGACACCAGUCUCAAAGAUGUCCAGCCCUACCUUUACAAAAUCGCAUUCCAGAUCACUGACUCUCUGGGCACCUCUGUGAGCACAACAAUGAGAAGGCUGAUUAAAGACACCCUGGCACUGUGAGGAUGCUCCAAGACAGAGAGAUCUGGAUGGUUUUAUCCAUAACUGUAUCUAUAGUCAUGCCUUGUAACUCUUUUUAUGUUCAGAAACAGGAUUUGUCAGCUCUGCUCCUGCUACAAUGAAGCAUUGUCACCUAAUUGGUUGCUUUUUUGAUGUCUCUGCUGUGGUUCUGGUAUUGCUUGUACAUUAACAUUCUUGAUUAUGUGAUGUUUAUUUUAGAGAUGUUUAGAUUUUUGCAAGCGUUUUCUUUCCAAAUUGUCUUCACCUUCCACCAGCUAGAAAUACAACUUUAACACAGUAGCAAACAUUAUAUAUCAAUUAGAUUUUUUUUGAAAAGUUGUAUAAAUUAUUGUAAAUCUUUGACAAUAAAUAUUGUUCAUUGUAACUGAUGGUAAUUAUAGUCAACAAUCAAAGCGCUUUCAAACUGAAGAUUUGUUCUGUAAGCCUGUCCUAACAUUUGAGUCUGGAUCAUAUAAAAAGAUAAAAGCUAUGGCUGAGUUUGG